AUGAAUUGGUUUCAGGCACUGCUUCUCUUUCCAUUUGCUGUUUCUGCCACCUUGAAUCUUCAGCAAUACCGUCCUGCCGCACGAAAAUCGUUUCCUGGCCUAACUGCGCAGACACCCCAGGAAGUCAUUGGGAAAGCCCAGAAAGCUCAGACUCAGCCAAAGUUUCUUACAGACAAAACUCGGAAAUUCGUAGUCAAUGGAACAGGAAUUCCCGACGUUGACUUUGAUGUCGGCGAGUCGUAUGCUGGAUUGCUUCCUAUCCGAGGCAGUAAUGACACAAACGACAAGCUUUACUUCUGGUUCUUUCCGUCCGAAAGUCAACAAGCAGAGAAGGAGAUCUUGAUCUGGCUUACUGGCGGCGUAAAGCCAGGGUGUUCCUCUACGGGAGAACUGCUUUCAGAAAAUGGCCCCAUGCUCUGGCAGCCGGGCACGUUCAAGCCCAUCAAAAACAAAUGGAGCUGGCAUCGCAUUACGAAUGUUGUAUGGAUCGAUCAACCCGUCGGCACAGGGUUUUCGCAAGGUACUCCAACAGCGAAAGAUGAAUUUGACGUUGCCCGCCAGUUUCUCAACUUCUGGCGUAAUUUCAUUGACACCUUCGACAUGAAGGGAUAUAGGAUUUACGUCACAGGCUCUUCAUACAGCGGCAUGUACUGCCCGUACAUUGCCAGCGAGAUGCUCGACAGCAACAACAAGGAUUACUUCAAUGUCGCGGGCAUGCAAAUCUUUGACGGGACAUACUCUAUUGACAGUAUUGGGGAAGAAAUCCCUGCACUCUCAUUCGCGGACCGGUGGGAGCAUAUUUUCGCCUUUAACGACACCUUUCGAAAGACGCUGAGGGACGUGAAUGAGAAAUGUGGAUACGCCGAAUACAUGCGCAAGUAUCUCGUUUUUCCUCCAGCAGGGCUGCAGCCUGCAAGGCCGCCUGGCCUUGAUGAGAAUGGCGAGGUCAAGCAGGAGUGCGACAUAUGGACCAUGAUUGGGGAAGCUGCGGAACACCUGAACCCUUGUUUCAGUGUUUACACAAUUACGGACAUAUGCCCGCUGAAAUACGACCCUCUCGGCUUUAGUGAUGGUUCCAUGUAUAGGCCAAAGGGCUCAGGACCUGCGUACUUCAACCGAGAAGAUGUGAAAAGAGCAAUCAACGCGCCCAUAGACAAGGAGUGGCAGUUUUGCACUGACACACAGGUCUUCAUGAACGGAACAGACAACUCGGUGAAGGAAGGGCCAGGUAGCCAGCCUGUACUCCCGAAUGUUAUUGACAAAACGAGAAACGUCAUUCUCGCGCACGGGACCAGGGACUAUGUGCUGAUAGACGAUGGUACAUUGUUGACAAUUCAGAAUUUGACGUGGGGCGGACAAAUGGGAUUUCAAACAAAACCGACGGCGCCGCUAUACGUGCCCUAUCAUAGCAACGACAAUCCCGAGACUAUUGCCGGUGCAGGUGUCAUGGGCACAGUGCACUCUGAGCGAGGGUUGACAUAUGUUGCUGUUGCCUCUGCGGGACAUUUUGUUUCGGCGGAUGCGCCAGCUGUUGCGUUCCGAAGCGUCGAGGUUCUAGUUGGACGGAGGGAUGGUUUUGAGUCAACGACCCCUUUCACCAUUGACCAAAAUGCCACGAUGCCCACCGGAGAGGCUGGAAACGGCACGAUCAUAAUGUUCCCACAGUCCAUGGAACCUGGCAGGGGUAUUUUAUCAAACCAAAAGGCGCCCAAGAACAACAGUGGUUUGGCGGUGGUAGCUGGAAGUACAGAGGCAGUUCUUGCCCUAGGGUUCGCGGCAUUUGUGACUUUCAUUUUAGGGAUCUAG